GAGUAACUCUCAUGAUGAUAAUGAACGAUACGUCUAAACAUAAUCAUCUACGCGAAAUACCUUUAUCACAUUUUUAGUUGUUAUUGUUGUUCAAAAUAAAAGAAAUACGUUGGAUCGUACGACAUUUUAUGGUAUGAUGUGAUAUACACUUACAAUGAUGACGGAUCGGCUGAUCACUUUUUCAAAACGGUUGUCGAUCAAACAAUUACAAUGUACAAAUUGGUGCCGGUCGGAAAUGUUCAAAAAGCUCUUAUUCACUUACCCGCUUAUAUUUCCGAUAAACAUACUCGAUUUUACUUGUUUGCCGAGUCUGUUGCUCUGUGCACGGUAGCCGGUAGCUUAGGAUGGUUCGGAUACCAAAUCCAUCAGACGGUUUACUCUGUACGAAACAUUGUUCAAAAAGAUACCUUCUUGAUGAACAGCCACAAUACCCCAGAGUAUAUUUUCUUGGAUAAGGCUCUGUUUACAGAUCUUGAUGAAUACCGGAUCAUCGACAGUAACGGUCUACUGCAACCAACAAAUCCACUUGUAUAUUUUUUCCAGAUAUGGAACAAAAUAAAGUUCAAAAAAGCUGUGAAACUAUUGGAAUUGUGCAACAAUUGUAAUAAUUCAAAAAUUUCUUUAGCGGCCACUCACCGUCUAGCUACAAUGGCUUAUUUGAAAGAUGCUGAUUGUCAAUACAUAGCGCAGAUGAGCAAAGCUCAUACUAUGGUUGGUUUUGCUAGGACUAAUAAUGUACACCGCAGUUUUUUUUUACCGCCUCGAAAAUCUCGUUGGACUAAAAACGAAACGUUGAGUAAAUUGCGUGAAUUGUUGAUUAAACUAAACGGAAUGAGUGAGCACAAAUGUCUGUCUUUUUUUGUUGCUUUUGCAUUUAAAGAUCAUACACAUGAGUAUUUUCAUCCAGAAGACGUGCCACCCGAUUUUAGAAGCAUGCAUGUAGACAAUGAUAAUAUAUUUCAUUUAUGUCUUAGUGCAUUACGUCAUCAUUGUAGUAAUGAAAAAAAUGUAACAGAUAUGGUAAAACAAGGAGGCUUACUUAUUUUAAUGGCAAUUUAUCAACUAUUAAAUGACGAUCAAAAUAUAGCUGAAGAGAUCAGUCAACUAUUAUCGGCUGCCUCUUUAUAUUCAAAUCUUUGCCAAGAUAUCUUCCUUACUGGAUGGAUCAGUGUACUGUUUGAUUGGAAAAAUCACCACGACUUUAGAAUUCAAUCGUGGGCCAACAGAACACUAUUAAAUUUAGAUACUAAAGAUCCCGUUAAUGGUAAUAACCUCUAUGGCAAACACACAGUUUUGUUGUACCCUAAAAACCGAAGCCAACAAGAUGCCAAAAUCGAUGUUGUCCUCGUUCACGGUCUAUUGGGUGGUGUUAGUUUCUCUUGGCGUGAAAAAGAUCAAUACAUCAACAAACCUCUUGGGAUUUUUGAUAUUAAUAAAUCUGAAACUCCAAGAUCGUAUACUUCAUUAAAAAAGUCCAUUGGUGAAGAUAUACAAGAUUAUUUAGAAAAUUAUACUGAAGUGAAAGAUCGAGAAUGGGACGAAAUUGGUAAUGGUUUUGAAUUCGUAAUGAACGAUUUGCCUAUUAAUGACAGUAUUAAAGGAAACGAACCCUACACAUUAGACGGAUCUUUAACGACAGUACGAAAAAAUGCUUCGAGUGAAGGGUACAGUCAGUGUUGGCCGUCUGACUGGUUACCCACAGACCAGGACGGUCUUCGUGUAGUUGGUGUUGACUAUAGUACGACUUUAUCCGAAUGGUUGCCUUCAUGUCCUUUAAAAUUAAGAAAACAGCGAACGCUUGAAGGACGAACUGAAAAAUUAAUGAAUCAACUGUUAGCGAUUGGUAUUGGAGACAGGCCAGUGAUAUUUCUUGCACAUUCUAUGGGUGGACUCCUCGUAAAAAGCAUGUUGGUUGCGGCACGUAACAGUACUGACCCAAAUGUGAGAAAACUUUUUGAGAAGACACGUUCAGUAUUUUUUUUUAGCACUCCUCAUCACGGUUCUCCGUUGGCCACUCUCAACACUGCAUAUAGAUUUUUUUUGUGGCCAUCAGUCGAAGUAGAUGAACUUAGAACUGAUUCGCCAAAAUUAGUGUCUCUUCAUGACGAAUUUCUUAAAUGCUUAAAAGAAAACCCAAUGAAAAUAGUGACUUUUGCCGAAAGUCUUCCAACAGAGUUCACUGCUUUGAAAGUACCGAUUUUGUGUGUUCCUGUUCAAGCAGCCGACCCUUCAGUUGGAGAGGUUUAUGAGUUGCCGUUGAACCACAUGUCUAUCUGCAAAGCCGAAUCUAAGUUGUCAUUUGUUUACCAAAAAACUUUGUCUGUGAUAAAAACAAUUGCUGCUUACAGUAACUAAGAAGAAUGAAAAGUUUUCAUAAAGUAUAGCCCCUAGCGAACACUUUUUUAUCUAUAGUUGACCAAACUAAAUGAUGUUAAGAUUAGCUCAUACUCAACUACUUAGUGAUAUUAGUUUAAGUAAAUUAUUAUUACUUAAUAACACAGUAUUGACAUUUUAUAAUUUAAUCUAGUAGAAACUGAUUUUAAUACACUAUGAAUUUGCAUGUUUGAUAAAAAAAAUUGUAUUACUAUGCACUUAGUCCAUACCAGUUAUUAUGUUUUAAUCGCCUCUAUGGGUGUAUCCUAUACGACUUUUAUGCCUUUGGGCACAGGAAAUAGUUCCUGAAAUAUAAUUUUUUUUAUUCUUUUGUACUAAAUAAAAUAUUUCUUGUCUUUAUUUAUGAUUUAAAAGUAAUAUAGAAAUCAAAUAUUUUAUAUUGCUAAAAUUUGUAAUCUCAAAACCAUAUUGUAAAUUAAUUAAUUUUUUAAUAUAUUUAUAUUAUUUAUUACA